CAGUAAUGAGACGCGUAUGAGAAAUCUGCUACAUUGAUCGGCUGUCAAUAAUUGAUAAAGACUGACCCCUUUUCAGUGAGACAGACACACAAUAAACCAGACUGUUGAGGAAAGUCCAGCAGUCAAACAUGAAGGUUCUGGACAAAGACGAGCUGCAGGUCGCUGAACAAGUUCUGCUCCAACACUUACCGAAGAGCUACAAGGUCUACGGUUUCAUACAUGCUAUCAACAGGAACAAACCAACUACACAGCAGGUGGUCGUUGAUUCGUGGCCUGAUUUUAAAGUCAUUGUUUGUCGACCUGAUCCCAUGAACAAGCGUGCCCUGGACUUCAGGAAAAAGGUAUCAUACUACAGCAUGGAUGAACAGAUUUUAAGGAAAAUGCUGACAGAAGAAAAUGCAAUUGACUGGAGCACUUAUUUCCUAAUUGGAGGAUUUGACUUUUCUCAUGCACCUUUACUCAAGGACAUGUCCUCUGACAGAAAAGUCAACAACAGAAUCUUUACUUUGGUGCAUCUUAUGCAUUUGCCAGACGUCAACUAUCUGCUCCCACCAGCAGUUGACAGUGAGCUUGAAUCAAGGAUUUCAUCUCUUAAUCUUUCCCAUGUGGACUUUGUGAAUAAAACAUGGAAGUUCGGAGGGAAUGAGCAGAGUUACAGGAAUAUUAAAAAUCUCAUCAGCAACUUCCCAUCAUGCUGCAUCAUGGACGGCCAGGGUGAGCCGGUGUCCUGGAUUCUGCUGUAUGACUACUGCGCCAUGGGCAUGUUGUACACUCUGCCAGAGCACCGAGGAAAAGGCUACGCCAAAGUGUUGGUCAGCACCAUGGCCAAGAAGCUCCACGCUGAGGGCUACCCAGUGUACUCCUUCAUAGAGGAGGACAACAUGGUAUCUUACAAACUCUUUAAAAACCUGGGCUUUGUGGAGGAUGCCUCUUACAGGGCAGCAUGGUUUGAGUUCAGCUUUUGACUUAACAUCUGUUAAACAUAUGGCAGAUAAAUAUAAACAAACUUUCUUAAUGUAAAAAAAUAUGAUUGAAAUGUAAAGUAAUGCAAAUCAAAGGUGAUUAUAAAGAUAUGUACUGUUUCAUUUUUAAGAUGUUUUCAGUAAUGGAAUUGUAAUCACUCUUGGUCAACAGUACAUUUCAAGAUGGAGUUUAUAUGCUUCUCAAAGCACUAAAUUAAACUCGGACCAAAACAGUUCAAGUUUAGUGUAAGAGAUGUUGAUUUACAGUUUUUCUCAAUUGAUAAGACACUAAAUUCCAAUCACUGCACACAUUUCUCAAAAACAGGACACUGCUGUCCAAAUUUUGGACACUAUUCAUGGUUUGCACACUGUUCCAAAACUCUUGCACUCUUUUUGCAAAAGACUGAACACGUUUUUUGCUCAUUUGAACACACUUUUUCACUCAUAACACACAUUUUUCCAGAAGUGAACACUAGGAAGCAGAACUGGGACACUGUUCCAACACUGCUGUCACAAUUAAGACACAACAGGUCAAAACUGAAAACACUUUUACCAAUGAAGUGCACACUAUAAAACCUGCUGGGAAACAGAAUUAGCUGUUCAGAAUGCAAUCUGUUGUUAAGGUCAGCAGAUGGUAAGGAUGGUGCAUAAAGUAAAUGGUUUCAGGUUUACUGUGGUUUACUUUACAUGUAUGUAAAUGUUGUUUGUCACUUCAGUGACAUGUCUAUAGUGGAACAAUACAAGCAGUCAGAAAUGUUGUGAGAAUACUGUAAAAAAUCUAAUGCAUAAUUCUGCUUCACAAGUGCUGGUAAAAUUACAGAAAGUGUACGUGACUGACUUUUUCUAUGUUUUGUGUGCGUUUGUUCCAGAGAGUUUUUCAGUUGAAUUCUGAUGAUACACAUGAAUACAUCUGGGACAAUGUUAGUUUUCAUGGAGGACUAUUGAUUUGGGAAUAGUUCAAUAUGAACCCUCAAGUUAUAGUGGUUUUUCUGCCACCAUAUUCUCCCUUUCUGAAUCCUAUAGAAGAAUUCUUCUCUACAUGGAGGUGGAAGUUAUAUGAGCGGCAGCCAUACUUCGGGCAAAUCUCUAUCAAUAAAUGGUCUUGGCAUGUGAUGAUGUUUCUGUUGAUGCAUGUCAGGGCUGGAUCAAACACACUAGGUCCUUCUUUCCAGAGUAAACAUAGCUUGUGACGUUGAUGAGGUCCUGUGGCCUGACCAGGCUGGAAGAAUUGAUGCAGACAUGAUGUAAAUAUCUGCAUACUGUACUGUGUACAAUACAGUGCUGUAUUUUUUGUCUAACAUUAUUUUUAUUUUGAAAUGUACAGUCAGGCACUGCAAUGGCCCCCUCUGAUUCAUUUAUAGGAUGCAUUUGUGUUUAAGUUGUCAUUUUUGAAGACUAUCAUUUUUUUUAUACUUCAUGUGAAAACAGUGAGAGAAAAAUGUUUUGUAUUUAGCAGUGCAGUGUCCUAGUUUUGCUUCGUGUGUCUUAAUUUUGAAAACAAAGUUCAGAUUUUGACAAUAAAGUGCGCUUUUGACACAA